GGGGGCGGGGGGAGAUCCGGGGGCGGGGGCGCCGGCGCGGCGCAUGCGCGCUGCAUUGUUUUGACUGAAAAUGCCGUCGGUUUCGAAAGCGGCGGCGGCGGCGGCGCUGAGCGGGUCCCCCCCGCAGACUGAGAAGCCGACCCACUACAGGUACCUGAAGGAGUUCAGGACGGAGCAGUGCCCCCUGUUUUCACAGCACAAGUGCGCGCAGCACAGGCCGUUCACCUGCUUCCACUGGCACUUCCUCAACCAGCGGCGCCGCAGGCCCCUCCGCAGGCGCGACGGCACCUUCAACUACAGCCCCGACGUGUACUGCUCCAAGUACAACGAGGCCACCGGCGUGUGCCCCGACGGCGACGAGUGUCCCUACCUGCACCGGACGACGGGGGACACGGAGCGCAAGUACCACCUGCGCUACUAUAAGACAGGAACCUGCAUCCACGAGACGGACGCGAGGGGCCACUGCGUGAAGAACGGGCUGCACUGUGCCUUUGCACACGGCCCCUUGGACCUGCGGCCCCCCGUGUGUGACGUCAGGGAGCUGCAGGCCCAGGAAGCCUUGCAGAACGGUCAGCUGGGCAGCGGGGACGGUGUCCCAGAUCUGCAGCCUGGGGUUUUGGCAAGCCAGGCCAUGAUUGAGAAGAUCCUGAGUGAAGACCCCCGAUGGCAAGGACCUUGUUCCAGUGUCUUGUCCAGACUGGAGUGCAGGGGUGCAAUCACACAUCGCUGCCGUGUUGACCUUCCAGGCUCAGGCGAUCCUCCCACGUCAACUGCCCGUGUAGCUGUGACUACAGAUGCCAGCUUUGUGCUGGGCAGCUAUAAGACGGAGCAGUGCCCGAAGCCACCACGCCUGUGCCGCCAGGGCUACGCCUGCCCGCACUACCACAACAACAGGGACAGGCGGCGCAACCCCCGGACCUUCCAGUACAGGUCCACGCCCUGCCCCAGCGUGAAGCACGGGGAUGAGUGGGGGGAGCCCUCGCGCUGCGACGGCGGUGACAGCUGCCAGUAUUGCCACUCCCGCACAGAGCAGCAGUUCCAUCCCGAGAUCUACAAAUCUACGAAAUGCAACGACAUUCGCCAAACCGGGUACUGCCCGCGCGGCCCCUUCUGCGCCUUUGCACACGUGGAGAAGAGCCUGGGGAUGGUGAAUGACUGCUGCCGCGAUCUCCAUCCCGGGAGUCCCGCCUCCACCGGCAGCAGCCAGCCGGGUAACGCCAAGCGGAGAGACUUGCCAGCCGAGGGCGGCCCGAAGGCCAGCGAGCAGAACCACCUGGCCGUGUUUGCAGCGGCCCACCCGCCGGCCCCCAGCGUGAGCUCCAGUGUGGCGUCCAGCGCCGGCUCCGGCAGCUCCUCCCCCACCGCGCUGCCCGUGCCCCCCGCCGGCAGCACCGUGGAGGCCGUCCUCGGUUCUGCGUUAGAUCUACAUCUCAGUGACGUGAAUAUUGCAUCCCUAGAGAAGGAUCUGGAAGAGCAAGACGGCCACGACCUGGGACCAGCAGGUCCCAGGUUGCUGGCUGGCUCUGCGCCUGUCGCCAUCCCCGGCUCCCUGCCCCGAGCACCGACAGUGCACUCGCCAUCCUCUGCAUCCACCUCGCCGCUCGGCUCGCUGUCCCAGCCCCUGCCGGGGCCCUCGGGCUCCUCGGCCAUGACGCCCCCCCAGCAGCCACCACCCCUGCGCUCAGAGGCGGGGGCACUGGGCUCCGCAUCCUCAUCCUACAGCCCCUUAGGUUUGAGCGGUGUCCCUGGGAGCAUCUGGGACUUUGUUUCCGGCAGCUUCUCCCCCAGCCCGUCCCCUAUCCUGAGCUCCGGCCCCUCGUCCUCUUCGGGUGCAAAUCCAAACGGGGCUGAGCUGGCCCGGGUUAGGCGGCAGCUGGAGGAGGCCAAGAGGAAGAUCCGGCAGUGGGAGGAGUCUUGGCAGCAGGUGAAGCAGGCCUGCGACGCAUGGCAGCGAGAGGCGCAGGAGGCCAAGGAGCGUGCCCGUGUGGCGGACAGCGACCGGCAGCUGGCGCUGCAGAAGAAGGAGGAGGUGGAGGCGCAGGUGAAGCAGCUGCAGGAGGAGCUGGAGGGCCUGGGCAUGGCCUCCGCGCUGCCAGGGCUGCGUGGCUGCGGCGACGUUGGCGCCAUUCCCCUGCAGAAGCUGCAUUCGCUGCAGAGUCAGCUGCGCCUGGACCUGGAGGCGGUGGACGGCGUGAUCUUCCAGCUCCGCACCAAGCAGUGUGUGGCCUGCCGGGAACGAGCCCACGGUGCCAUCCUGCGGCCCUGCCAGCAUCGUGUCCUAUGUGAGCCCUGUGCAGCCAGCGCGCCUGAGUGUCCCUACUGCGAGGGCCAGCCCCUGCGGUGGUGACCUCAGCAGGGAAGGCUGCCUCCUGGUGGGCACCCUGGCUCCAGUGCUCCUCGUGACCACAGCCACGUUGUCACCGCUCGCGCCCACGUUCGGCCCAGCAGCCCUCCUGGUAACAUGAUCACCUCUCUAGGCCCAGCGACGGUUUCAAGGUAUUUUCCUCAAAGACCUUAAAAGCAAACCCACAGAACCCACUUGCCUGUCCUCGCGGGGCCUGGUGCCUCGGGGGUCGGCGUGGGUGCUUGGUGGUCCUGACACUGCUGUGACCGGGCCACUGGGAGGUGGGGUCUCGAAGCACUUUGUGGACUGAGGAAUUUAGGUAGAGGUUCUAAAUUGCUCUGAGCUGCUUUCUACAUUCCUGUUUUUAAUAUGCGACAAUAUGAAGCUUUAUACGUGUACUGUGAACUUAAACAUUUCCUAUCCGUGGUUAAUUCAUAGUAUGCUAAAUACUCUAGAUUUCCUAUUCCGAAACUAGUACUUAGGAAAUGAGCGUUUCUCUAGUAGCCAGACCUAGGAUUUUUACAGUUUCCAAUUAAGUGCAAAUAGUAUUUAUAAGCAGAGUGAUUACUAAGAGACUAACUUUCUGGAAGGAGCUAAGCUUUCCUAAGCCCGUGCGUGUGUGCGUGGCGCUGGAGUCUGCGUUCCACCAUCAUGGUGUGGGGCAGGAGAGCCCAGGCCUGCAUUUCUGUGAUCUGUGGCCACGUUUUCUCAGUGCCUGUGCCUUGAAAACAAGUGUAGGAACAUCUUUUAAACUGCUUUUAUUUCCUCCCUUGAACCUCUGAAAGGCAGUUUGAUACUAAGGAAAAAUGCAGCCGAGGGACCAGACAUCAGAGAUUUGAGAAUUACUCUUUUAACAAGCUGUCUUCUGGCCGGGCGUGGUGGCUCACGCCUGUAAUCCUAGCACUGUGGGAGGCUGAGCUGGGAGGCUCACCUAACAUCAGGAGUUCGAGACCAGCCUGGCCAACAAGGUGAAACUGUCUCUACUGAAAAUACAAAAUGUAGCUGGCCGGGGUGGCAGGCACCUGUGGCCUCAGCUACUGGGGAGGCUGAGCCCGAGAAUGGCUUGAACCCAGAAGGUGGAGAUUGCAGCGAACUGAUAUCUCGCCACUGCACUCCAGCCUGGUACGCGCGGGACUCCGUCGCAAAAAGAAAAGGGCAGUUGUCUUCUGGUGACUUAGCUCUGUCAUAGGCAAUGGUGCUCUGUAACUCCUUGGAGGAUUGCCUCCCUGGCACCUGUGACCAUCCCCGGUCCUGCUCGAGUAGGAGAUGCUCGAGCCGUGGUGUGUGCCAGAGUCCAGGGCACUGGGUGUGUGUGACAGUCACCUGCGCUGUACUGCCAGGUAUUACCGAAGCUCAUCCAUGUGGCCAGUGAAGUCAUACAGAGGACCCAGUCCCUCAGCAGCCUGGAGCACGUGCGGGAGGCAGCCUGCACAGUCCCGGCUCUGCUGUGGCCCCGUGUCCGUCCGCCCUGGAGCGACGGCGUGGCUUCUGGCCGUAGCAGAAACUCGACUAAGAACACGUCCCCAUGACGACCUUUUCUGCUCAGGCCUGGGAUUGUCCCUGGGAGUUGAGCAGGUGUAGGCGUCCACGUGACGGCAGCCUGGCUGUCCGCGAGGCCACACGGGGUGUGAGGGAGCGGGAGGCGGCACCAGGGCAGUUCUCCUGGCCCAUGGCUUUGCCAAAGACUUUCAAUAGCAUUUUUUUAAAAGUGCAAAAUGCUCGGUAAAAAUUUUAUUAGUGACCAAAUUGGAAUGUAUUUAAUACAGUAGGAGGUUUAAGAACUUUUUAAUGUAAGACAAGCUGGUAGCCACAUUGUCAUUUUAAAGGAAGUGGAUCUGUGACAUUCUGCGCUAGUCCGCUACAGCUAACUAACUGUUGACUUGGUUUUAGUGGCUGUUCUGUUUUUAAUGAUAGUGAUGAUUUAUUAGCUCAGUAUCUAGAAAUUACGUAUAUUUUGUGCUCCCGUCAUCAGUGUUUAAAAUCCUUUGUUUUCAUUAGUGUUUAUGCACUUGGUUCCCAUUUUGGGCCUCUGGGCUUUUGUGGGAUAUGUGGUGCCUGCCCAGGGGUCCCCUGGUUGUCAGCAGUCAGGGGUAGCUGAGCCCUUGUCCGCGGCUGCUGUGCUCUUUCUGGGAACCAGGUGGCAGCUGCCCCUCAGGCAUCUCCAGGGCUCAGUUUCCAGGUGGUGGUGCUGGGGGCGAGGGCUGAGAGAUGAUGGAGGUGAUCUGGAGGAUCACCCCCAGAUCAAUACUGGCUCUGAGGACAGGAGUGCGGUGGAAAGACCAAAGAGUGGCCCGGGACACACGGGCACCACUGGGGUCAGAAACAGAGGCAGGAUCCUGGGGCCCCAGGUCCUGGGCCCUUCCUCACCCGACUCUGGUCUUGAGGGCCGAGGCCUCGGGUACGGAUCCUGAGUGGUCGAGGUGCACAGCAGUGGCUGGAAGGUGCUGAGCUGGAGGCAGGCUCGGUGGCUCCCGCCUGUGGCCGGGCGGGCCCUGGCUGUGGGAGCCGGGUGGUGGCUGGUCCCGCCGUGGUCUUGUUGCCUGUAACUCGAGUGUUCAAUAGUAGCCGUGAUAACAUUGGCGUCACGACGUGUGUGUAACUGUGGUCAGCAGACCUCGUUCCAUGUGGACGUGUCACGUGGAUUAAUUUAUGGAAGCCUCAAUCUAUUUAGAUGAGAAUGUUAAUUGAAUGGAAUUUUCUUAACCCAGAAGGUAGUAUUUAUGAUGCAUAAUCAUUUACUUGUAGUGACUGUUUAAAGGUAACACUUAAGUUUUUUACACUAUAGCAUUUAUGCAGUGGUUUACAGAAUUCAUGGAAUUAUUUUUAUCAGUAUGGGAAUUAAAACCUUGAAUCUUU